CCCGCGUCGUUCCGGUCGCACAGAGCGGACGGCCAUCCCCGACACAGCAAGAUCCUCUCUCUUUCUCCUUUUUUUUUGUUUAAACCGAGGGAGAACUCGCCAUGGGACCCGCGCUGCCUCGCCCACCCUGGCUGUGAGCAUCACCCACCUCCCAAAGAUCUUUGGCUUUACCAUUUACGAUGAAAGCGGUACAUGGGAGACAGACCAAAAAAAAAUGAGCCUAAUGGAUAUCACUAAAAUGUUCUCCAUGCUCCAGCCCAGAGAAGAUGAAGACGACAACGGAGAAAGCGAGGAGCUGCACCGAGCGGUAUCGGAGGACAAUUACCAAACCCUAGAUAACCUCUUAUCCCAAGACAGGUACAAGAGGUUCAUCAACCGCAGGAGCGGCUGGGGGGUACCCAGCACCCCCCUGCGCCUCGCUGCCACGUGGGGCCGCGUCAGGAGCAUGAAGGUCCUCUUGGCCCACGGGGCGGAGGUGGACAGCCUGGACGUGAAGGCUCAAACCCCGCUCUUCAUAGCGGUCAGCAACGGCCACCGGGAAUGCGUGAAGGUCCUCCUGGACGCGGGGGCCAGCCCCGUCGGCAGCAUCUACAACAACUGCUCGCCGCUGCUCAUCGCCGCGAGGGAUGGGGACGUGGACAUCCUGCGGCAGCUCCUGGACCACGGCGCGGAAACCAACGUUCAAGCGAGGCUGCCCGAGUGGGCUGCCAACUCGGUGGCUUGUUCCGGUCCCCUCUACCUCGCCGCCGCGUACGGGCAUCUGGAGUGCUUUAAGAUGCUGUUGCUUUACGGUGCCGAUCCCAACUAUAACUGCACUGAGGAGAGGGUGAUCGCCCAGAUCAAGGAGCCCAAGACCCUGCUGGAAACCUGCCUAAGGCACGGCUGCAGGAGCGAGUUCAUCAAGCUGCUCAUUGACUUUGGAGCCAACGUGUACUUGCCCAACAUCACGGUAGACGAGACGGCACCCCGCAGUGAGGGCCUGGAGCUGCUGCUGCAGGCGAGAGCUCAUCCCAAGUCCUUGAUGUCCCAGUCCAGGCUGGCGAUGAGACGCCUCCUGAAGCAGCCUGGCCGCCCGCCCGCCCUCGGCCAGCUGGAGAUCCCGACGGUCCUGGAGAACUACCUCCGACACCAGCCGUGACGCUCAGCCCGCCACGAGAGAUACCCGCCCCGUACGCCUGUCGAGCACCCGAAUUAAAAGCCACUCUGACAUCUGCGCGGUGCGAAACCGCCGUGAGUUUGUGGUCGCAAAGUAAUUUUUGCUUACGAGGCGCCUCCAAAAAGCGGUGCGAGAAGAUGGUAAGGGAAGGCGCGGAGAAAACCGAGGAGACCUCAGCUCCAGCUCCGCAUCAGGGUGAUGGUAGAGCAGGGUCAGAUGGAGCUGGGUUUGGCUUUAAACCCUCUUUACUGGAGGGUUUUACACCUUUAAUUGAUACUGGUUGGAGAAGGGGCUGGGGAAGGGUGUGGAGGGCAGAGGGAGAGGAGCAAAGGCUGCUUGUACCUCCUCCCCUCCUGGGGAAGAGCGGGAAGGAGGGAGGCAUGACCAGGCUUGGAGCCUGUGGGUUUUCCCCGCAGCGUGGCCUCAGCUGCCUCUAACCCCCUUCCCAGCGAGGUUUCGAAGUGCCUCCUGCACGCGGCAGCCCGGCGAGGGCAGAAGGGGAGGCUGGACC